AUGUCCAAUGCAGUGCACUACGCUUUAUUCUGUGCAGCCAGCGUUAUCCUCUUGAAAGAGAUAAAUAGCUCUAUCACAGAACCGUACAUGGAUGAACCAUUCCAUGUACCACAAGCACAAGCAUAUUGUCGCGGAGAAUGGUCGACUUGGGAUCCAAAGCUAACAACUCCUCCUGGACUAUACAUCCUAAGCGUAGUGCUCAGUAAAUUAUUCCUCUUCAAGUGCACUCUCCCCAUAUUACGCUUGACUCCUCUCCUUUUCCUGGUGUCCCUACCCAUAAUAUAUACACGCUUGUUGAGCCUUCAACGGCGUGUACGCCCGCCAAAUGAACUCCUCUCACCAACUGCCGAUGCACUUGCGUUGUCUCUCUUCCCGAUUGCUUGGUUCUAUGGCUUUCUGUACUACACGGACGUUCCGAGUCUGGCGUUCGUACUUGGCUCUGUCGUAGCUGCUUUUCAGGAUUAUCACACUCUUGCUGCUUUGCUAGGGCUCAUAAGCUGUACAUUCAGACAAACGAAUAUAAUCUGGGUAUUAUACGCAUUUGCGUACAGUCAGCUAAGAGUACUGCGCUAUCAGCGUAAAUCUGCGGAUCCCGAGUCCAAAUCAGCUACACUCUAUGACCCACCAGCUUUGGAAGCCAAACCAUCGGACUUGCCGAAAAUCCUACUUAGCUUGCCUCAUGCCCUUCCACAAGUUUUACCUCGCGCGAUACCUUAUGUCAUAGAUGCUAUUAUAUUCGCCGCUUUCGUAUAUUGGAACGGCGGAAUAGUUUUGGGUGAUAAAUCCAAUCACAUACCAGCACUUCAUAUUCCGCAAUUGUAUUAUUUUGUUGGCUUCACGAUAGUGUUUGGCUGGCCAGCACUUGUCGGUGGACCUUUAGGCGUAAUCGGGUUGUUGAAGGAAGUGAAGACACGAAUACGUGCUGUGGUUAGUGUCUUGACAACGUUAGCCGUAGCCAUAACUAUCCAUUUCUUCACGAUACACCAUCCUUUCUUGCUUUCGGAUAAUCGACACUUCACCUUCUAUGUAUGGCGACGUGUCUUCCGGUAUCAUCCUGUGGUUCCGUACCUCUUCUCUCCAGGAUACGUAGCUUGCGCAUGGGCCUGGUAUAUUCGCCUUGGCUCAGACCAGACGUUCCUCCAAACCAUCGCCCUCCCAUUAUUCGCCAUACCUACAUUGGUAAUGACACCUCUCCUGGAACCACGAUACUUUAUAAUACCCUAUGUGUUACUAAGAGCGCAGAUUGUCGACAUGCCCAACUGGGUAGUCUGGGGCGAAGCGGCGUGGUAUGCUCUAAUAAACUGGGGUGCGAUGUAUAUUUUCUUGUACAUGGAACGGGAGGGAGUCGGACGCUUUAUGUGGUAA